AUGUAUUAUCCUCGGUCUGAGGAAUCUCCUCAGCAGCCCUAUGAGUUUCUUGCUCCCUUGGCCUCAUUGUUUUCGGCGGACUCUCCACCUUCGGCAGCAGCUGAUCGUCCUGGUGGGGGACCAGAGGGAAGUGAGAGUGAGGACAGCUUGGACAAUUCUCCGCCUCGUACACCUUCGGUUGAGCCUUCUGCUACGUCUUCCCUCAGUUUGGAUGCGACAGCUUCAUCUUCGUCAGCUACUUCUCACAAUUCGGCUGCAUCUUCAACUGCGGCUUCCCUUACACAGUCUUAG